UCGCGUGGGGCUUGCCCUGCAUAAAGUCGAAGUAGGAAUCCAAAUAGACUCUUUGGACUAUCUCAACGAGAGACAGAGAAUAAAAAAACAACAUCAACACAAGAGAAUACCAGCUUUCAUACUACCAGCCAAGAAAGAAGAAAAAAAGCUCUCUCUUUUCUCCUUUCCUAUAAUCCUAUCAUUCCUUCAUUCAAAAAGCCAAACCCAGAAAGCCCUGUGUGAUAGAUCCAUCAAAGGGGUGUGGAAUUUUGGUGUGGAAAAUUGCUUGUAGGGACCAUAAGGAUUUCUGGGUCGUGGUUGGUUUAUGCUGUAAUGGCCUGGCUUUGAUGAUCAAUUCUGCUGCUUUGUGAUAUAGUAAGUUGGUUUUGGAAUUCAGUGAAAUAAAGGUUGGUGCUUUUUAGUGAUUUGGUGGUAAGAUGCAAUCGGACGGGUCCGAUUCCGUGAGCCAGAGUCCAACAACCCAAAGGCUGCAGUCUCUGUCAGCCUCGGAUACUAGAGGGAAGCAUCGGAUACUGGCUGAGUUGAAACGGUUCGAGCAAGAAGCUAGAUUCUUAGAGGAAGAGCUGGAACAACUUGAAAAGAUAGACAAAGCCUCAGCUGCAUGCAAGGAAAUGCUGAGUAAUGUAGAAACAAGGCCAGAUCCACUACUCCCAGUAACGCAUGGCCCCCUUAAUCCAUUUUGGGACCGAUGGUUUGAAGGCCCCAAAGACUCAAGUGGUUGCAAAUGCUGGAUACUUUGAUGAUCCGACUCACAGACCUCCAGUACCAAUUGUUCACAGAGGCUUACAUUCAGACAUUUCAUAGAUUUAGAUUUCUUACUUUUAUUGGCAUAUGUUUAUUAAAGCUUCAUUGUGCAGAUGACAAUUUAUGGUAAUACUUUCAUUUUCAAGCCUCUAAUGAAGGGCAAUUGUGCAAAGUGUAAAAUUUUUUCAAUUAAAAUGAUUCAGUGUAAUGGCAGACUGGUAGAGCGGAACAAUUUUCCAGGCA